AUCCGGAUCGUCGGGUUUCAUCACGUUUCUGUUUCUUUCCUGAUUCUUUCAGUUUUUCUGUCUGAGAUUCACUUUGUUUGUUUGUUUGCUUAUUUGUUGACGUCACCGCGACGCUAUAGAGGCUUAAGAUCUGAACCCGCGACUGUUUGACGACACACAGACCAGGACCAGCAGCGCACUGGUGUUUGCUGAGCCCGUUUUCCUGCUCCCAGUUCUCCCAGUCCCCCUCCAGUAUGAGCGUCCAGCCUCGGAGGAUCCGUCUGAAGCCGUGGCUCCUGGCGCAGGUGAACAGCGGCAGGUAUCCCGGGCUGCAGUGGCUCGGUUCAGAGCGUCGACUCUUCCAGAUUCCCUGGAAACACGCCACGCGCCACACACCGGCGUCAGACGAGGAAAACACCAUCUUCAAGGCAUGGGCUCUGGAAACAGGUAAAUAUCAGGAAGGUGUGGACGAACCUGACCCCGCCAAGUGGAAGGCCAACCUUCGGUGUGCUCUGAAUAAGAGCAGAGAGUUUCAGCUGAAAUACGACGGCACCAAGGAGACGCCGGUCCAACCGUACAAAAUCUACGAGGUCUGUGAGCAGCCGGCGAACACAGACGCUGUCGAUGAGGAUGAUGAUGAGGAGAUGCCCAACCUGACGGACCUUACCAUCAACCCCAGGAUCGGUGACCCCCCCUCCUUCAGCUCCUUCCCGGCUCAUUCAGAUGUGAGUCGGUUCGGUUUAUCUUCUAACGAGACCUUCGGACCGCCUCAUCUGAUCCCGAUGCCCCUCCUCCCUGACGGAGUCCUCUCUGUGACCUCUGACCUCCAGGCUCAGGGUCACGUGGUGGAUCAGGGGAGCUUCGUCCCUUCUGUGGGACUCCCUAACGGGCUCCAGGACCUGAACUCUCUGCCCCCUUCCGCUUCUGCUCCACCGGGGCCAGACCUGAUGGAGGGCGGCGGCAUGAGAGGCAUCGAGAACCAGGGGGACACUCAGAACCACCAGCCCUGCAAGUACGACCUGCUGAGCAGCGUCCCACUAACAGAUCUGGACCUGAAGUUCCAGUACCGGGGCCGGACCAUGGGCUCUCUUACUGUCAGUAACCCUCAGGGCUGCCGGCUGUACUACGGGCACUUGGAGCCGACACCUGAGCAGGUGGACCUGUUUGGACCCGUCACCCUGCAGCAGGUCCUGUUCCCGGGGACUUCGGAGAUCCAGAAUGAGAAGCAGCGGUUCUACACCGAGGCCCUGCUGGAUGUGAUGGACCGAGGUCUGAUCCUGGAGAUCUGGGAACAGGACAUCUACGCUGUCCGCCUCUGUCAGUGUAAGGUGUUCUGGUCUGGACCGGGCAUGCCCGAACAGGGUCCACCAAACCCGAUGGAGAGGGAGAAGAAGAUCAAAGUGUUCAGCCUCAACGACUUCCUGCAAGGACUGAUCCUGUUCCAAAAAGGUGAAACUCUGAACCCUCCACCCUUCGAGAUUUACUUCUGUUUUGGGGAGGACUGGCCAGACAAGAAACCCAAAGAGAAGAAACUCAUCAUCGUCCAGGUGGUUCCUGUGGUGGCUCGGAUCCUUACUGAGAUGUUCUCUGGAGAACUCAGCUGGUCCACAGACAGCAUCCGACUACAGAUCUCAAACCCUGACGUAAAGGACCAGACGGUGGAGCAGUUUAAAGAGCUACAGAGGCUCCUGCAGAGCCAGCACAUCCAGGGGCCCUGGACCCCCAACGUGUCCUGAUCAACACAUCCUGCAGCUCCGGACCCCCAGAAUCCCCUGAACGCCAGGACUCUGACAAGGGGGAAGGUUGAUCAUCAGCACCAGGACUCAUGGAGGUUCAGCAGGACCUGAGAGCAACGGAGGAUCCAUUUCCUGUCCAAAGUCUGGUCCAGGAAGUGUCUCACUGAUCUGGUCCUUAAUGAACCUGUCAUGCUGUGAAGUCCUGGUCCAGGCCAAUGCUGCUGUGAUUGUUUCAAGAGAAUCUGCUAAAAUUUUCAACAGAUUAUUGAUAAUUGAUCAAAACUAAUCAGAUCAAAUUUCAGAAGAGAUGAAAGUUUCGAUAACAUCAGAUCAUUUCAAAGAAAAAUCUGACGGAAAAAAAGUUUUUAACUUUUGUUCGGCUGAAAAGAAAAUCUCGUCUGCAGAGAAAAGUCAAACUUGUUGACUUGUCUGAUCUCAGCGUUACAGGAAGUGAAAACGCUGGUUUCCUCUUUAUGAGCUGAUCAUCAGUGUUGACCUGUGUUAACCUCUGACAUGUUCAGUGUUUUUACCUGAGUGUUUCCUCUCGGAGAGCGUGCUCAGCAUUUCAAUAAACGCCGCUGCAGUGUUCGUCCA